UUUAUGCUCAAGAUAUGACGAAUAUCAUACUUUGGAAUUGCCGGGGGGCAAAUAAACCCAACUUUAGGCGGUCUAUUCGAUACAUUUUAAAGAAGUAUCCGACAGAUGUUCUGGCGGUCUUUGAAACUCAUGCGGGGGGAGACAGAGCUCAGCGGAUUUGUCACGGUUUAGGUUUUGAUAGUUCGUUUCGAGUGGAUGCAGCGGGGCAGAGUGGUGGGCUCUGGCUCCUAUGGAGGUCUAAUGUGGGGGAGGUGGAGAUUAUGAGCUCUUCGGACCAGUUCAUUCAUGCGAGAGUGAAGCAAGGGGUAGAGUGCUUUCACUUGGUGGUGGUUUACGCAGCUCCUACAGUUAGUCGGAGGAGUGGUUUGUGGGCUAGCCUGAAAGCUGUGGUUACUAGUAUUGAUGGACCACUUAUGAUCGGUGGUGAUUUUAAUACAAUAGUACGCAUUGACGAGAGAGUUGGGGGUAAUGGUCAUCUGUCUCCGGACUCACUUGCGUUCGGAGAAUGGAUUAAUGAGCUCGAGUUGAUUGAUAUGGGUUUCCGAGGCCCUCAAUUUACAUGGCGGAGGGGUCGAGUCCAACGAACUUAUGUGGCCAAGCGUCUUGACCGGGUUUUGUGUUGUGCCCACACAAGAUUAAAGUGGCAAGAGGCUCGUGUUAGUCACUUACCGUUUUUGUCUUCUGAUCAUACUCCGCUUUAUGUUCAAAUGUCGCCAGGGGUGGAAGGGAAUUCAAAACGAAGACCUUUCCGUUUUGAAGCUGCUUGGCUUCAACAUCCGGGUUUUAAAGAGUUGCUUUUAAAUUCUUGGAAUGGCGAGUUGCGAACUCCAGAUGCCUUGUAUGGGUUGAGAUUUACUUUGAAAAAAUGGAAUAGAGAGGUUUUUGGAGAUAUUCAGAGGAGAAAGGAGGCUUUCAUGGAAGAAAUCAAAGAUAUCCAAGAUAAAUUGGAUAUUUCCCAAACGGAUGCUAUGUUGGAACGGGAAGCUUUCUUGAUUAAGGAGUUAGAAGUUGUACUUGAGCAAGAAGAAGUUCUCUGGUUUCAAAAAGCUCGAGAAAAGUGGAUUACGCUUGGGGAUCGUAAUACGAAGUACUUCCAUACUUCAACUAUCAUCAAAUGAAGGAAUAAUAGGAUUGAGUCGCUUAAGAAUGAGUCGGGUAUCUGGGUCUCGAAUCCGUCGGAGUUGGAGCAGUUAGCUAUAGAUUACUACAAACGGUUAUAUUCUAUGGAUGAUGUUGAACCGAUUGUGGAGAGAUUG